AAGUUUGGUGUAAAGGAUAUUGUUACUCUGAAUCACUCUGAAUUUAGUGACAUCGAUGAGAAAAUGGUUUCAACGCGGGGUCCGAAAUUCAAAUUCUGUGAUGGUGAAAAAGUUCUUUGUUAUGAACCCGAUCCGACAAAAGCUAAAGUACUCUACGAUUCAAAGGUUUUAGAUGUGAUUGUUAACAAGGAUCAACGAGGUAGAAAGGCAGUUGAAUAUUUAAUACACUUCCAGGGAUGGAACUCGUCUUGGGAUCGGUGUGUGACGGAGGAAUACGUUCUAAAAGACACAGAAGAAAACCGACAGUUACAACGGGAUCUUGCUCAGAAAGCACAGUUACAACUAGGAGCAUAUUUAUAUCGUCGAGAACGAAAAAAUCGCACACACAGACUGGCUGAUCAACUGUCCGGUGCAGGCAUCGAGUCACGUCGACGUGCUAGAAGCGGUGGAAGUCGCGCCACUUCUGGCACUACCUCUGAAGAUGGUAGCUCAGGUCAACAGGAUGAUUACGAUACCGAAGAAGUCAUCACGGAAGAAGAUUCUGAGACUAGUUCUAACUUUGGGGAGGAAUCCAGUGAAGACGAGGAUAGCGGUGGUGGAGGAAGCCAUCAGUCUAGCGGCAGUAUGAAACCUGGUGUUGAUCUUGACAUUGGCAGUACGCUAAGGAGAAUUUUGGAGCAAGAUUACGAGCUGGUAAAUCAUAAAAAUAAACUGGCUGUUCUACCGGCUCAACCAACCGUUUGUAGUAUUCUUGAGUCUUGGGUUCAGCAUUUCACUACGACACAACUUACAAGUAUUCCUGAAAAGCCUCAAAGGAAUAAUAGAUCUAGUAAUACUAUUGAAAAGACUGUAAACGAGAUAAAUAUUUGCCGAGAAGUUGCUGAUGGCUUGAGGAUAUACUUUGAUUUUACGUUGCCAGAAUUACUGCUUUAUCGAACGGAAAGGGAGCAAUACAAUGCAUUUAAAUCGUCAUUUUUACUCGGCGAACAUCCUAUUGAUAUUAAAGAAGAAGUUAUUGAACCACCGGAGGUUAUUGUCAAAGAGGAGCUUGAAGAUUCUGAGUAUGCCCAUUUACCGCCCUUUAGAGAGCAGGAUGCUGACGGUGAGCAACCAACCAAACCUAUCUCAUCAGUCAAACGGAAAUUGAGAUCCUCGCGUGUUAGCUCUGUGGACGAUGCCAGACAACUCAGGUCGUCGGAAGAAAUUAAACAGGAAGCUGGGAAUGUUUCCAGUAUCGCUAGCACUAGUUCUCGGUGCUCUAGCCCUCGAGGAGUUACCUCAAGGUAUCCUAUGCUACCUCCAGCACAGAUUGUUGCGUUGCUCAGUGAAGCUAAUAAGUGGAGGCUUAUCCCGAAAUCUAAUAAAAAUGACGGAGCACCAAGUCCUUCGACUUAUUUCGGAGCUAUUCACCUUGUUCGACUGUUCGUAAAACUUCCAGAUUUGUUACAAAAUACAGAUAUGCCUGAAAAGAAAUUAAAAGUGUUGUUAAAAUAUAUCGAUAUGUUUUUAAGUUAUUUGGAACCACACAGAGAAUGGUUUGGCGAACAAUUUUAUAUGCAAGUAGACAGCCAGUCACAAUGA